CGCGUCGCCCGGCCCCCGGCUCGGCCCCCGGCGUGCGGAGCCGCCCAGCAGAUAUUUUUGAGUGCCUACUAUGUGCCAGCCUGUGCCAGGCACUGGGGACACUGGUGGAGAAGUGCGACUUGUUCCCUGCUCUCGCGGUGCUCAUCACCCCGGAGAGUUAUGUCAUGCCCAGACCAGCAGAGGGCUCCAUGAGGAUUUAUAGAAGAUGCCCCGCGUCUCGGCGCCUUUGGUGCUGCUUCCUGCGUGGCUCGUGAUGGUCGCCUGCAGCCCGCACUCCCUGAGGAUCGCUGCUAUCUUGGACGACCCCAUGGAGUGCAGCCGAGGGGAACGGCUGUCCAUCACCCUGGCCAAGAACCGCAUCAACCGCGCUCCUGAGAGACUGGGCAAGGCCAAGGUCGAAGUGGACAUCUUUGAGCUGCUCAGAGACAGCGAGUACGAGACUGCAGAAACCAUGUGUCAGAUCCUCCCCAAGGGGGUGGUCGCUGUCCUGGGACCAUCGUCCAGCCCAGCCUCCAGUUCCAUCAUCAGCAACAUCUGUGGGGAGAAGGAGGUCCCUCAUUUCAAAGUGGCCCCCGAAGAGUUCGUCAAGUUCCAGCUCCAGAGAUUCACAACCUUGAACCUCCACCCCAGCAACACCGACAUCAGUGUGGCUGUCGCUGGGAUCCUGAACUUCUUCAACUGCACCACCGCCUGCCUCAUCUGUGCCAAAGCAGAAUGCCUUUUAAACCUAGAGAAGCUGCUACGGCAAUUCCUUAUCUCCAAGGACACACUGUCGGUCCGGAUGCUGGAUGACACCCGGGACCCCACCCCACUCCUCAAGGAGAUCCGGGACGACAAGACGGCCACCAUCAUCAUCCACGCCAACGCCUCCAUGUCCCACACCAUCCUCCUGAAGGCAGCUGAACUAGGCAUGGUGUCAGCCUAUUACACAUACAUCUUCACUAAUCUGGAGUUCUCCCUCCAGAGAAUGGACAGCCUGGUGGACGAUCGCGUCAACAUCCUGGGCUUCUCCAUCUUCAACCAGUCUCACGCUUUCUUCCAAGAGUUUGCCCAGAGCCUCAACCAGUCCUGGCAGGAGAACUGUGACCACGUGCCCUUCACGGGGCCUGCACUGUCCUCGGCGCUGCUGUUCGAUGCUGUGUACGCGGUGGUGACUGCCGUGCAGGAGCUGAACCGGAGCCAGGAGAUCGGCGUGAAGCCUCUGUCGUGCGGCUCGGCACAGAUCUGGCAGCACGGCACCAGCCUCAUGAACUACCUGCGCAUGGUAGAAUUGGAAGGUCUCACCGGCCACAUUGAAUUCAACAGCAAAGGCCAGAGGUCCAACUACGCUUUGAAAAUCUUGCAGUUCACGAGGAAUGGUUUUCGGCAGAUCGGCCAGUGGCACGUGGCGGAAGGCCUCAGCAUGGACAGCCGCCUCUACGCCUCCAACACCUCCGACAGUCUCUUCAACACCACCCUGGUCGUCACCACCAUCCUGGAAAACCCGUAUUUAAUGCUGAAGGGGAACCACCAGGAGAUGGAAGGCAAUGACCGCUACGAGGGCUUCUGUGUGGACAUGCUCAAGGAGCUGGCGGAGAUCCUGCGCUUCAACUACAAGAUCCGCCUGGUGGGGGACGGCGUCUACGGCGUUCCUGAGGCCAACGGCACCUGGACGGGCAUGGUCGGGGAGCUGAUCGCCAGGAAAGCAGAUCUGGCUGUGGCCGGCCUCACCAUCACAGCUGAGCGGGAGAAAGUGAUUGAUUUCUCGAAGCCAUUCAUGACUCUGGGAAUUAGCAUUCUUUACCGGGUUCAUAUGGGUCGCAGGCCGGGCUAUUUCUCCUUCCUGGACCCAUUUUCCCCAGGUGUCUGGCUCUUCAUGCUCCUAGCCUAUCUGGCUGUCAGCUGUGUCCUCUUCCUUGUGGCUCGGCUGACGCCCUACGAGUGGUACAGCCCGCACCCGUGUGCCCAGGGCCGGUGCAACCUCCUGGUGAACCAGUACUCCCUGGGCAACAGCCUCUGGUUUCCGGUUGGGGGCUUCAUGCAGCAAGGUUCCACCAUCGCCCCUCGCGCCUUAUCCACCCGCUGUGUGAGCGGCGUCUGGUGGGCAUUCACGCUGAUCAUCAUCUCAUCCUACACGGCCAACCUGGCAGCCUUUCUGACCGUGCAACGCAUGGAGGUGCCCAUCGAGUCAGUGGACGACCUGGCUGACCAGACCGCCAUUGAGUAUGGCACGAUUCAUGGAGGCUCCAGCAUGACCUUCUUCCAAAACUCCCGCUACCAGACCUACCAGCGCAUGUGGAAUUACAUGUAUUCCAAGCAGCCGAGUGUGUUCGUGAAGAGCACGGAGGAGGGAAUCGCCCGGGUGUUGAAUUCCAACUACGCCUUCCUGCUGGAGUCCACCAUGAAUGAGUACUAUCGGCAGCGAAACUGCAACCUCACUCAGAUUGGGGGCCUGCUGGACACCAAGGGCUAUGGGAUUGGCAUGCCAGUCGGCUCGGUGUUCCGGGACGAGUUUGAUCUGGCCAUCCUGCAGCUACAGGAGAACAACCGCCUGGAGAUCCUGAAGCGGAAGUGGUGGGAAGGGGGCAAGUGCCCCAAGGAGGAGGAUCACAGAGCUAAAGGCCUGGGAAUGGAGAAUAUUGGUGGAAUCUUUGUGGUUCUUAUUUGUGGCUUAAUCGUGGCCAUUUUUAUGGCUAUGUUGGAGUUUUUAUGGACUCUCAGACACUCAGAAGCAACAGAGGUGUCCGUCUGCCAGGAGAUGGUGAGCGAGCUGCGCGGCAUCAUCCUGUGCCAGGACAGCAUCCACCCCCGGCGGCGGCGCGCGGGGGUCCCGCAGCCCCGGCCCCCCGCCCCGGAGGAGCGCCGGCCGCGGGGCACGGCGACGCUGAGCAACGGCAAGCUGUGCGGGGCUGGGGAGCCGGACCAGCUGGCGCAGAGACUGGCGCAGGAGGCCGCCCUGGUGGCCCGCGGCUGCACGCACAUUCGCGUGUGCCCCGAGUGCCGCCGCUUCCAGGGCCUGCGCGCACGGCCCUCGCCCGCCCGCAGCGAGGAGAGCCUCGAGUGGGAGAAGACCACCAACAGCAGCGAGCCCGAGUAG